UCAGUUUAGCUGUUUAGUGGGUACAGCAUCAUACAGACAGCGUCACUUUUUAUUAUAGUUUGUUUAAAUUUGAAGGUUAUCGACCUUAUUAAAUAACAGUUGUUUUGUUAACGUGUAUAAUAAUUAUAAACUUGGGAUAACCUCUUGUAAUUAACUAAUUAGUUAAUUUUUAUAUCGUUACAAGUGUUUCAUUAUAAUUAGUGUGUGUUUACAGUUUUGUGGUUUACCCGACUGCGAUGUAACGAAGUACAUGGGACUGAGCGGUGCUGUCCUCCUCGUGCUGUGCCAGCAAGCGAUGAGUUCGUUUGUGGACGUACCAAAAAUAAAGAUGUUGGAUGGAAGGGAGAUGCCAGGGAUCGGACUCGGCACUUAUCUCGGAUUUGAUCAGUCUGGCGUAAUAAAAUCCAAAGACAAACAACUUCGUGAUGUUGUACUCAAAGCCAUUGACAUCGGAUACAGGCAUUUUGAUACUGCCUCUAUUUACGAUACAGAGGCCGAAAUCGGAGAGGCCAUACGGACGAAGAUAAGUGAAGGAGUUGUUAAAAGAGAAGAUGUAUUUAUUACGACAAAGCUUUGGAACACGCAGCAUAAAAGAGAAGAGGUGACGACAGCGAUAAAAGAAGUCUUGAACAAGACUGGACUUGACUAUGUUGACCUGUUCCUAAUACACUGGCCCAUUGGACUCAAUGCCGACUACAGUUACUCAGAUGUGGACUACAUGGAGACGUGGCGCGGGAUGGAGGACGUGCAGCGUCUCGGCCUGGCGAAGUCCAUCGGACUCUCGAACUUCAACAGGGAGCAGCUGCAGAGGGUCCUCAAUGAGGGUUCUGUCAAACCUGUCGCGCUUCAGAUUGAGGUCCAUCCACAAAUCAUUCAGAAAGAUCUCAUAUCCUUCGCCAAAUCCGAAGGCAUCGUAGUCCUGGGCUACAGUCCGUUCGGGUCGCUGGUGAUGCGGUACGGCAUACGGUUCCCGGGGCCCAGGAUGGACGACCCGGUACUGGUGACCAUCGCGCAGAAGUACGGCAAGACGCCAGCGCAGGUCGUGUUGAGAUGGGUGGUCGACAGAAACGUAGUCCCACUCCCGAAAACGGUGAACCCCAAGAGACUUGUCGAGAAUAUCAACAUUUUUGACUUCAAACUGACACCUGAAGAAAUUGAGAAAAUUAACCAAUUCAACUCGAACACGCGAUAUACGCUGCCUUCAUUUUGGCAAACACAUCCUUAUUACCCAUUUGAGAAGGUACCUAACCCUAUAUCUGAUCCUUUUAGGGGUUGAAGAGUGAGCGUUUAAGACUGAACUAAAGUUAUUUGACAAAAUUAGCCUUUAAGUCCGUCAGACAGAUUUCCGAAAAUUAAUGGAUACGUAUUUUUCAUUUAAUCUCAUAAAUUAAAAAUGAAGGGGAUAGAGUGGUUUAAAAUCUCGUGUGACGUCACUUACCAGUACGCUUUUUACUAGCAUGUGAUGUUACUAGCUCCCACUACCAAACAUUUUAUUAUCCUGAAAAAAAAAAUGAAAUUGUCUGACGGAAUACUUAGAUUUUUUCAGUCUAUCUAUACCUACUCUAUUCAAAAGGGGUGAAUCUGACUCGUGUGUUGAAUACAUUCAAAUUUUGUUAUGGUUUGCUACGUUUUUGUAAGUGCGUUUGUUUUUAGUCAUUUUUUUUGUAAUUUUAUUGACGAUUGAGAAUCUUUUUAAUAAUAUUUGAUUAAUUGCUAUUUAUUUUUAUUUGGUUUGAUAUUUGAUUAAUAAAAUCUCAUUGUGACGUGUUUUCCCUGUCUAAAUUAUAUAUUUGUAUUAAAUUAAUGGUUUCAUGAGCUAUAGGAUUAAUUUCUACUCGUAGAUCAACAGACUGGUAAAAUUGUCGCUUUCUAGAGCGAUGCAGGUUUUUCUUUUAAACCCCUUCUGUCUGUAUGUCUGUGGUAUCAUAGCUCCCGAAUGGAUU